ACAUAUCACACAUUCCCACUCUCUCUCUCUCUCUCUCUCUCUCUCUCUGAGUUUCAGAAACUAAGAAACUGAAACCAUGUUCCUUAAAAGCGCAAAGGCCAUGCUUGUGGUGUUCAUCGUGGUGAAUUCAGUUCUCAUGGGGAUACAAGGCCGUCCGCUGAGCAUCGCCGAGACAGCCGGAGACGCCGUCACGGCUGGGGAUGACGUGGACUUCUUUGAUUGGCUGGGGUUGGGAGGAAUCAAGAGCUCGGGGCCAAGUGGUGGAGGAGCGGGUCACAGCUUCCACACACUUGGAGGGAUCAAGAACUCAGGUCCAAGUGCCCCUGGCGCCGGACACUAGUCCCUUAAUUUCAGGACACACUCGUCCUUUUCUCAAACUACCAACGUACGCCAACCAAAUCAAUGAAGCACCUCGUAAACGCAUCUUCAUGUUAUGACUAGUUAAUUCCUUCAUUCCUUCAAUAAUAUAUACGCACACAUCUUUUUUUUUUUAAUGCUUUUAGGAGGGUUUUCAAGUGCGUAUGUGAGAGUUAUUCGCUAGUCGUAGAAAGUUUAGUCGUGCAAAAUUUAAAUUCUCAUGUUAUAUGUAUCCUGCUUAACUACAAUAUUAGUCAAUAAUGAAUACAUUAGUCAGUUUUGGA